AUGUGGGAAGAAGGAGCCGAAGCUGCGGCCCCAGCUCAAGAUCAAAAUCAGGGUUUCUUUACGGGUAAUAUCAUGAACCUCGAGCGACCCAAGUUCGAUUCCCGCAAGGAGAAUCGGCUAGAAGCAUUAAAAGCCUUCAAAAAGAAAUGUGGUUACAUCUUCAAAGGAAGUCUUGUGAAUAUUUCGAAUGAAAGAAAAUGUAUUUUGGUUCAAGAUUGGCUUGGUCCUGAAGGUCAAAAGAUAUACGACAGCCUGGACUGGUUUGAAGGUGAGGAUGUAAACGACUAUGAUCUGAUGUGGAUCAAGUUGGAGCGAGCGGUAAGUCCAGAAUGUAACGAGAUUGUUGCUUCUAAGAAAUUUAAAGAACGAGUGCAAAAACCUGGGGAGACAAUAACUGUUUUUGUCACUGAUCUGCUGCUGUUACUGAAAGACUGUAAUUAUGAAGACGAAGAUAGACAAGUGAGAGAUCAGUUUGUUUACGGUGUCUCUGUUGAAGAACUAAAGAAAAGUUUGCUAGAAAAAGGAAACACUCUCCCAAGAGUUGAAGCUAUUACAAUUGGCAAGGCUUAUGAAAGUACAAAGAUUGAAGUCCAAGAGUGCAGUGCAAACCGAACUCCUGCAAAAGAGAGUAUAAAAGCUGUUUCUAAAGAUAAGCCCAAGAAAGUCCUCGUGUGUAAUUAUUGGUCAAACAAAAAGGGAGCUCAUAGCCUUUCAGACAAGAAACUCUGCCCGGCCUGGGGAGCAGUCUGCAGAAAAUCCAAGGCCAAAAAUCACUUUCAAGACUCAAAGGAGUGUAAACGCGUACAAAAAGGAAAACAGGAGAAACACUCAGAUCCAAAACAAUCAAAAUCAACCUCAAAACCGUUUGUACUGAGAGUAGAAGAAGAUGGUGAGGAUCACUAUUAUGAAGUUCUUGACGAAAUCUGUGUACUUAAUCAAAACUGUGAUCACAAGAAAGCUUUUGCAAACCUACUGCUGUCGAAGAAAAGAAUUCCUGUUAGCUUUCAGAUAGACUCUGGUUCAACAUGUAGCAUUCUCACUGUGAAUGUAUACAAAGAAAUCAGUGGAGAUUAUGAUCUCACUGACCUUAACACUGUAGUCAAGCCUGCUCUGUCUCUAUGAUGAAGAAACCAAAAUUCAACCCUGGGAACCAGAAAAGUCAUUGUGCUAAAUCCUGCAACCAGUGAAGAAAGGAUAAUUCAGUUUAGAAUUGUUCACAUAGACCUAACACCUCUGAUCGGUCUAAAUGACUCUGAAACACUCAAACUCAUUGAGCUCUUACGAGAGAAUAUUGCUGUAGUAGCCCCAGCUAACCCAAGUGUCCCUGUAACUGCCAGUGAAGUGACAACACCACUCAACUUGGAGACCAUUCUGACUAACUACCCUCAAGUCUUUGAUGACAGUAUAGGAAAGUUUGAGGGCGAGCUACAUCUUCACACAAGUCAUGAUGUCACUCCUCACAAAACAGCUCCUAGAGAGACCCCUCUCUCUGUGAAGAACAACUUUAUUGCUGAAGUAAAAGUAAUGUUUUCCAAACUAAAAACCAAAAAGAAACACUAA